AUGUCUACUGUCAUGCGAUCCCAGUGGCAGGCCCUCGGGCGAAAGCCCGUGGCUGCCGGUGUGAGACAGCUCUCUACUAUCAAAGCAUCUGAGUCUAUGCCCAUAGCUGGCGCGCAUAUGCUUCGCUCAGCAACGUCGUUCUCGCAGGCUCCCCAAUCCAUAUCUAUCACGUCUGGCACAUCUACAGCAUCGCGCGUCGGACUGUGCAACCCCUUCGCCAUGACCUCGCCCUUCGGUUCUCUCAAGACACAGCAAUACUCCACCAUGUCGCGCAACGGCCCUCUGUCGCAUAUCCGCCACCUGACAAAGCCCGGAAUGCUCGGAUUGAAUCUCGUCCAACAGCGCUCGCUUUUCGGUAAACCAUCUUACGACCAACUCGCUCGGCUCGAACAGGCUGCGAACGCCAACCCCAACAGCGUACCGUCUCAGGCUUCCUUCUACUCUGCACUCGUGCGCGCGGACAUGCACCAAGUCAUCAUCGAUCGGUACAACACGGGACGUUUUGCCACAAGCGCUAUAAUCGAUAAGAUGUAUAACAACGCUUUGGCAAAAAUGGGACAAGAAGGCGGCGAACAAUCAGGUCUUAGUGCGCAACAACGGCAGGCUAUCACCCAGGCUGUCGGUGCCAAUGCCGGUAAUGCUCAGGUCGCUAGGACUACGGGCGGCACUGGCGUCAAGGCAGACCCGGUUUACGUUGUUGUGGAAGAGUCUCUGAUGAAUGUCAUCUUCAAGUGGGUCCGGUGGAUCUGCGGUUUCGCUCUGGCUGCCUACGUCUCCCUCAUUCUCAUCACGCUUUUCGUCGAGACCAGCGGUGUCCUCAAGAAGGUCGGCGGCGGUAACACUGCUGAAGUCCGCCCUGAGCAGCAAACCACGCGCUUCAGCGAUGUCCAUGGCUGCGACGAGGCCAAGGAAGAACUCUUGGAUGUUGUCGACUUUCUUAAGAACCCUGAUAAGUACAACAAGCUCGGUGGCAGGUUGCCCAAAGGUGUACUUCUAGUCGGCCCUCCUGGUACUGGUAAAACACUGCUUGCUCGUGCUUGCGCGGGAGAAGCUGGUGUUCCCUUCUUCUACAUGUCUGGUUCUGAGUUCGACGAGGUUUACGUCGGUGUCGGAGCAAAGCGUGUCCGUGAACUCUUCACAGCUGCUCGGUCCAAGGCCCCUGCCAUUGUCUUCAUCGACGAACUUGACGCCAUAGGUGGAAAGCGCAAGUCGCGCGACGCCAACUACCACCGCCAAACCCUCAACCAGCUUCUCAACGAUCUCGAUGGUUUCGAUCAAAGCACUGGUGUCAUCUUCAUCGCUGCGACUAACCACCCUGAACUUCUUGACCAAGCUCUACUUCGUCCUGGACGUUUCGAUCGCCACGUUCAGGUUGAACUCCCCGAUGUGGGUGGCCGACUUGCUAUCCUAAAGUACCACACUAAGAAGAUCCGCCUUUCUCCUGAUAUUGACCUCUCUUCCAUCGCCCGUGGUACCCCAGGAUUCUCCGGUGCUGAGCUAGAGAACCUCGCAAACUCCGCAGCUAUCCGCGCUUCUAAACUCCAAUCAAAGUUCGUUUCACUCAACGACAUGGAAUGGGCCAAGGACAAGAUCACCAUGGGCGCUGAAAAGAAGAGCCGCGCCGUCCCCCUUCAAGACAAGAUCCACACUGCUUACCAUGAGGGUGGCCACGCGCUUGUCGGUCUCUUCACUCAGGGCUUCAACACCGUCCACAAGGCGACCAUUCUUCCCAGAGGCCACGCCGCGGGUAUCACAUUCUUCCUCCCACAAGAAGACCACCACCACACUCGCAAACAAUACAUCCGUCAACUCCAAGUCGCCAUGGGCGGCAAGAUGGCCGAAGAAAUCGUAUUUGGUGCGGACAACGUAGCUGACGGCGCUUCGGGCGACAUCCAGCAAGCAACAUCCCUAGCCUACAACAUGGUCACCGCCUGCGGUUUCUCCGACAAACUAGGCAAUGUUGACUUCAAAUCCAACUACGAAAUGGUAUCACCAGAAACCAAACGGCUCAUUGAUGACGAAGUAAGGAGGUUGAUUGAUGAGGCGAAGAGCAGUGCGAGACAGCUUCUGCUGAGUAAGCGCGCAGAGCUGGAUAAGCUUGCUGAUGCGCUGGUGCAGUAUGAGACGUUGGACAAGGACGAGAUAUUGAAGGUCAUCAAGGGAGAGGAUCUGCCAGGACGGCUUAAGGCGAUGCCUAAUGCGCCGAUAAAGAUUCCAGAUAACCCACUUCCCACAGCGAUAUUACCGCCACCGAGGGGUAAUGGGGGGGAUGGGAGUGGUCCGCCUGGGCCACCUCUGCCUGCGUAG